AUGUUUCGAGCCCAGAUCCGGCCCGCCCAGGCCCGAGUGCCGCGGCCGCCACCACCACCGCCCGACCCCGAGCUCCUUCUCCCGUGCGGUUCCUCCCCGGCCUCCCUGCCGCCACCCAACCUCCACCAGCCGCGCCUCCCACCACAUCCCGCCGGCAGCCCAGAAACGCCGCGCCGCCUGCCGCCCCUACCUAGCAGCACGACCCCGACUACUUCCACCACCCGUGUUGUUGCGCUCCUCCCGCGUAUGGCCACCAGCGUCAGAUCCAGCCACCGCAGAGCCCUGCGUCGCCAACCACCGCCUACAGCGCUGGAUCCGGUCGUCCCCGACCAUCUACCACCUUCUUCUACCUUGAGCCGUAGGAGAGAUCCCUCCUCUCUUUGUAGUUCGGCGCUGGAAGCCAGGCUCAUGGACCACGCCGCCGUGACCGGAUGGGCCGUUCUCCUCCUCCCUUCUUCCUCACAUGCGAGCAUGCGCAGCUCACAUGUCGCUCACUUCUCUGUUGAGGAGAGAAGGCAAAAGAGUCUCAUCUCCAAAGUGUUCAGUGCAGAGAAGAUGAACCAUGCAAAAACUCAGGGUGGACCAUGGUGGCUUCACUGCUGGCGGAACGGCAGAGGGCUUGGCUGCUACCAGGGUGAUUCAAAGGGAGUAUAUAGGUUAGACGAGCCGCUGACAAAGACAGGCCUCUAUUCUGAAUUUUUACUUGCAAAGAUGGACCAUCAGCUACAUAAUAUGUUGGCUAAACUCUCACAGGUUUGGAGCCGACCAAGGAAGUCACAGUUUAAGAGCUCGAGGAGGAGGGGCGUGUGGAGGUUCCCGCCGCCAGUGGCUGCACUGCUGGUCUUCGUCGCCUGCUCCUGUCAGAUCCAGCAUGACCUAUCCUAUCGGUUCUCCAUCGCUUCACUCUGCUUCAUGUGCAUAUGUGCAGAGAAGAUGACGACCCCGCCCCUGUUCUUCGCCAGCCACACUCUCCCUUAUGCGGUAAUAAAUCUCAAGAAAUGCCCUUUUCGUUUACAUGAACAUCAAACCUACUUUUUUGUUUGAUGUUGGUGCAUGUCCUGCCUGAUAUGUGUGUUUGGCUGCUGCUGUGCGAUUGCUGGCUGUGUUGCUACUUGUGGCAAUAGUUAUUUUGUUUAAGUAUGUGGGACGACAAUGCUUCUGUCUUUUGGUGGAAUCAUUUUCCUUUUAAUUUAAUUACCUGAGAAAAAAUUCUAUAUUUUCUUACUUCCCUUUCUCUGUUGUUUUCAUGGCUAACUAUUUGAAGUUAUCUGUUCACUUAA